AUGAUUGACAAUAGAGUGGAGGAGCAUUUGGCUCUUCUAGGAACGCUGCCCAAAAGCUACAUACUGGGGUUGGUUCCGCUGUUUCUCUACUUAGUCUACAAGGUUGCCUUCGCGACAGAUAUACCACACAUCAAGGGCAUUCCCGAGAUCCCAGGCGCAGUUCCAAUUUUUGGACACCUGCUCAAACUUGGUGAAGAUCAUGCAACCGUCUGUGAAGGUUGGUGGCGGAAGUACGGGGAUUCUGUUUUUCAGAUCAAGCUUGGCAACACCCGGGCCGUCGUCGUCAACUCAUUUGAAGACUGUAAAAAGAUGUUGCUCGGUCAUCAGAAUGCUGUCAUUGACCGUCCGAAGCUCUAUACCUUUCAUGGAGUGAUCAGCAGUACACAGGGCUUUACGAUUGGAUCUUCGCCUUGGGAUGAUUCUUGCAAAAAGAAGCGCAAAGCAUCUGGCACGGCCCUGGGAAGGCCUGCUCUCCGCAAUUAUCAUCCGAUGUUUGAUCUUGAAAGUUACUCUAUCGUUCGUGAUAUGUACAAAGACAGCAAAAAUGGCGCUGUUGAAAUCAACGUCAGACCCUACAUUCAACGUUAUGCUUUGAACACCACCUUGACUCUCUGCUACGGUAUUCGAAUGGACGCUGUUUAUGAUGAUCUUCUGCGCGAAAUCCUUCACGUCGGUUCAGCAAUCUCGCUUCUGCGAAGUGCCUCCGAGAAUCUCCAAGAUUACAUUCCCACUCUCAGGUAUCUUCCCAAUAAUGAGAAGAAUGCGCGAUCGAAGGAAUUGCGUGAACGGCGAGACACAUACCUCGAUCUGCUGUUAGACAAAGUCCGAGCAAUGAUCAAAAAGGGCACUGAUAAGCCUUGCAUUUCAGCCGCUAUUCUGAAAGACCAGGAGACAAAGCUUACUGGAGUUGAAGUUUCUUCCAUCUGCCUGUCUCUAGUGUCCGGUGGAUUUGAGACCAUUCCUGGAACGUUGACCUCUUGUAUUGGGUCACUUUCCACCCCUGAAGGACAGGUCUGGCAGGAUCGAGCCUAUGCAGAUAUCAAGCGACACUAUCCAGACAUCCAGGAAGCCUGGACUAGUGCUGUUAGUGAAGAAAAGGUCCCUUACGUAAAUGCUAUCAUCAAAGAGGCCGGGCGAUAUUACACCGUUAGCUCCAUGAGCCUUCCCCGAAAGACUGUGACCGAAGUCAACUGGAAUGGAGCGAUUAUCCCCCCGAAGACCAUGAUUCUGAUCAACGCGCAAGCUGGAAAUCAUGAUGUGGACCAUUACGGAGCUAAUGGUGGUAAAUUUGACCCUGAACGAUGGCUCAAAUCUUUGAAUCCACCAGAGGAAAGUGAGAUUAACGGGCUACCUCAUUUGAGCUUCGGUGCUGGAUCGCGAGCCUGUUCCGGUCAGUAUAUUGCGUCUAGAUUGCUCUACACUGCCCUGAUUCGCCUUCUUUCGACGUACAAAAUUGUCGCAAGUGAGGACAACCCUCCUAAUACAGACUAUGUCGAAUACAACCAGUUCAAAACCGCCUUGGUGGCAAUCCCGAGGGAUUUCAAGGUCCGUCUGAUCCCCAGAGAUGACGCUACAGCUAGUGAGUGCUUGGCACAGGCCGAGGGUCGGACCAAGGAACACUACAAGGAGUAG